UUUGUCGGGAGUAUGGUUCCCCAUUCAUGGGCCGUCCCCCUUUCCGUUCGACUCAUCUACAGAAUGUUACUAAAGGGUUUGAAGAUCGGCAGAAAUUUCGCACAGAAUUGAUAUUGCAUACAUUUAACAAAUUAACUUACGGAAUGUUUUAUCCUCUCUCCUCUGUCAUGCUUAUACCACCUGAUAACAGCCUCAAACACGUCCUCCUCCAUCUUAACAUGCAAGCGAUCACUUUCCACGAUCUUACUGAGUUGCUGAGGAGGAAUCAAUACGAAUUCACUCUCCCGCGACACUUCUAAGAAAUUCCAACUGAUGAAACUCCUCACUUUAGACUCAAGAUUUCCCAAUGAAUACUGCAUCGCCAGCGACUGAAUACCGAGGCAGUUUUCAAUCCUAAUAAGGGUUCCCAGGAAAUCUGCACAUUUCUGAACGACAAGCUGGAUUUGAAAUAAGCUCGCCACUGCAAGAAUAUUUUCCACGUUUGAUUCGUUGAGAUUCAUUUUGCAUGUGUACAGAAAGUCUACAAGUUGUUCAACAGCAGUUUCGUCGCAAUCCUGCAAAGAUAUCGUGCCUAGGUUGCUCUCGAGGAACCCCGUGGUCAACAUGGCACGAAAGUACGAACUACAAGCUGCCAGAACAACUCGAUGAGCGCGUAUUUCCCUUCUGUUCACUCUGAGUGUGAUGUCACAUAGUUCAUCGAGCUUUCUCAUCUCCUGGAAGACCGAGAAGGAAUCUUUCUCGUGAUUGCCGAUCACUUGUAAAACCUGAUCGCCAAAUUCCACCGCGGCCGCCAUAUCGGUAUGAAGUUGUUGAUAACACACAAUCAGGUGCUUACUUGAAGUACCCAAAUAGAGCAAGCUUGCUGUUUACCUGCAGGCUCAUCAAGAAUCGAAAUAUGGCGGACGAGGCUAACGAGACAUCAGAGAGCGAGUCAGUUGUCGAUCCUGCUAUCGUUACUCUUAUAGGAAAAGUUAAUUCACUUCAUGAAGAAUGCAUUAAAAUCCGACAGAGUACAUCAGACGCUGGUGAGUUAGAUUUAUUAGAAAAAGCAGAGGCCAAGUGCAAAAUGUGCCUUCAACUCCUGGAAACAGGUCAAGCUGCAGCUGGGAAAAAGGCAGUACUUUUCAAAGUUCUCCAACAUUACUCACAGGCUCUUCUUGACGAAACAUAUGUUCUGGAGUGUAGACUGGUAAAUGCGGAUUUCCCAGAAGACAGAUGUAAAGGAGACAUAAGGCAUUUAAUUGGCCAAUUGGACCAGCCUGAGGAGCUGGUGAAAGAAAUGUUUGGAUCAGAGUACAAAUCUGGACAAAUUCUAGGCUCAGAUAUACUAGAAUGCUUGUUUUGGAGGCGUGGAGCUCUGUUCUACAUGUACUGCCAUACGUUGUUUAAUGAUCCACAAAGAAGGCAGCUUGAUACAACGCAUAUCAGACAGUGUGCCGAGUCAGGAGUCAAAUAUCUGGAGGCCAUGUUAUGUGUUCGUUCACCGCUGAUGAUGGAUGCGAUGACAGAUGUUUCAGCAAAGAAUGAAGACAUGAUGCAGCUUCUGAAAGAAGGUAUCUUUAGUGAUACUCACCUCCUCGCUCUUAUGUACUCCGGUGAACUGUGUUACUGGCAUUGGAAGAUUGUAAAGGAAACAACUACAGAUCAGUCUGUGAAAGAGUCGAGCGAUGCGGAUGAAAAUUGUUCAGGGAACUUUAAUUCUGUAUCAAAUGGAAGGCGACUUCUUCAAAAGUUUGUGAACAUUGUACAGGACUGUUUUAAAGGAAGAGGCUGGGAUUGUUCUAGGGCUGAACAAAUUUUGGCUGAGUUUCCUGAAUGUUAAUCGUUUGAAAUAUUUUUCCCAUGAAGAGACGCUAUGGUUAAGUUUUGUAAACCCAAAACAACAGUAAUCGCCACAACCAAACAUAUGAAGGGAAAAUUUCGCAAGGAUGUGAUGAAAAACCAUAGAAGAAACAAGCAAACUUUAUGAAGAGUGGGAAAAUGAAAGUCACUGAAAAGUAAGCGUUUUUAGUUUUGUAUGUUAGUAAUUGAUUGGGUGGCAAGGGCUUUCUAGUCCAAUCACAGAGCGUUCUGAAAAAGAAAAUUAAACUCCCAAAAAAGACACAAACAAAAAGGCAAUCCCCGAUUGCUUUUAACGCAGAAUUGAAAGUGUCCCGAAUUGCAAUUUCAGCUGUCACCAGCGUCUCAACUCUUUAUUGUAUGUGUGAGAAAAGCUGACCCGUUGUAUGAUAGGAAGUCUGCUAUUCAGAGUAUUUGGUUAAAGACGGUGAAAAAGAUGAUGAAACAGGGUCAGAAAAGAAUCACUGGAAAGGACAAGUUACUAAUGCAAUUGUUUUUACACGACUGGCCGCUCAAUCCGUGGAAACAUUAUAACAAAAUGACGGUGUUGAACGCAAAGUAGAUUUACUACAAUGUUCAAGUUUAUUAACAAAGUGUCAACCCUAACUGGAGGAUAUAAAUAGAAUCAUUUUGCUUGAAUAUUUUAUGAAGAGUGACUUAAAUUCUGUUUUACUACUUACUUAAGUACUUGGAGCUUUACUCUAAGGAGUCAACAAAGGGAAAUUUCAACGUGAAAGAAAAAUAUUAACUGGGGAGUAUUGUUUGGUUUAACACCAAAUUCUUAGCACUCAAAAUACAAUAAAUGUACGAUAGACGGUAUGGAGAGUUGAUAUUUAGAUCUGGAAAGUAGGAGAGCUAAAGAACAACAUCAUACCGUCACCUUGUUAUUUUUUAGAUUUAUCGUUAAAUAUGCUUUUUCAAAGACGAAUAUAAAGGAAAGUUGAGAUUUUUUUUUGCUUUUUCGUUUUGCCUUUGGAUCAGUUCGCAAUUUCGAUGAAUCCGUGUGCUUCUAUAAAUAGACGAAACACAAUUUGAAAAAUACUUUCAGCUUGGAGUCAAGGAGAGUGUUUUGGUCCAACAUCUCUCUUUAUCUUUCCGUACAUCUCGUCAUUUCUGUAUCUAUUUACAUCAUUUAAUUGUAUCUAUUGCAUCAACCGGAAGAGAAUUAA